GAAGAGAUCCUAAAAGUUGCGGAAGAUGUUUCAAAAUCAGAAUUCAACAUGGCUUUGGCUCAUGAAAUAGCCGUCAAUAGUGACUUCAAACUGCAGCAAAAGCUCCCUGAGUCAAAUAUUCAAGCAAAAAUUACCGAAAUCUUUCACAAAGCUUUUUGGGACAUUCUGCAAGAACAGUUGUCUAGCACACCACCAGAUUGUUCCCAAGCCAUUGUUUUACUAGCAGAGAUUAAAGAGAUUUUGUUGUCCUUGCUUAUGCCGCACAGCACCCGUUUGAGGAAUGAGAUCAAUGAUGUGCUGGAUGUGGAUUUAGUGAAACAGCAGGCAGAAAAAGGGACAGUGGACAUUGGGAGUUACGCCCAGUUCAUCAUUUCGACGAUGGCUCGUUUGUGUGCCCCAGCAAGAGAUGAGAAUAUUCAAAAGCUCCGGCAGCUGAAUGAUGUCGUCCCUUUGUACAAAGGAAUAUUGGAAACUCUGGACUUGAUGAAGAUAGAUUUUAUGAAUUACACCCUAAUCAACAUACGACCUCAUAUACAGAGACAUUCUAUUGAAUAUGAAAAGAAUAAGUUUGAAGAAAUACUUAAAUCUCUUGAAGGAUUAUCUGUUCCUGUGGAUGGCCUUAAAUUCACCCGUAUUUGGUUGCAAAAUGUUUAUCAAGAAAUUUCAAAAGAAACAAAUGCUUCCGAGGUCCCAAAUUCUUUAAUUUUACGAAAAGCUUACAUUAAAAUUUUACAAUGGAAGGAUACUGAUAAUUUUCCUGAGACACUGCAUCUUGAUCAUGCUCGUUUCAUUGAAAUGAAAGAAAAUUUAACUGUGAUGAUACUGACUGCCAGUGUGAUACUUGUUACCUAUUCUAAUGUUGGUCCUGCUAUCCAGGGAAUUACAGAUUUUAAAGAACUUCUCAAAAGCCAUGUCCAGAUACUUCUUGCGGAUAUAAAAAAAAUUAGUUCUGUAGGCCAGUUGGAAGAAAAAAUGGAAACAGUAGCCCUGCAAGUUGUGAAAGAUGUUAAUUUAUGCUUAGAUCAACAUGGAUACACAGCCCUGGAAGAAGAAAAAGAAAAAACACUGAUAUCACUAAUAAAACAAAUUUCUACAGAAGAUCAUAGUGUUCGACAAUUACUAUCAAAGCGCAUUUUAGAGUUUUUGGAGUUGACACUACAUUCUUCAACAAUGCUGAAAAUACCUCCUGGCCUUUCUUCAUUACAAAAAGAACUUUCAUCAUUUGCUGGGCAGUUUUUGUCUUUAGUUCGCCACAAUACUGCUGUUUUUAUUGAGUAUUACGAUCGAAUUCUUAAUGAUGUAAAACACAUAAAAUUAUAGUAAUACAUUUUAAUUAAACUUUUUGGUGACAUGGCGAUAUGAAUUAUCAAUUUCAUAAAUGCUACACAUUCACAAAAAAGUAUUUUUGUAACAGACCUUUCUUUGGUUUUGUAUCCGGUUAA